AGCAGAUGGCGACUGCUUGGAUAGAGAUUAGCGUAUCUCACAAGUCUCUAGCAGACGAUACACACAGCUCACAAGUAAAGCAUAUCAUCAUGAAACACAGAACGAUUCUACGUGCUUCAAAAUAGGAUUAAUAUAAUAGCAAUCAUGUAUUAUUAUCUAAUGAUAAACAUAAGUUUUUUUUGACUUUACUUAUUCGCAAAUGAUGAACAACACCAAAAUGAUGAACAACACAAGUAUGGAGCUUAACAAUGUAGGAGGCAGCAAAAGUUCUGUGUAUUUAGUAAUAUCAUUUAAGAGAUUAUGUAUGAGCACCGUUUGCCUACCAUUGUUUUCUCUGAUUUUUUGUUUUGUCACUGCAUAUAUUUUCCAACAGGAUGACAUACAUGAAACACAUUGUAAGGUUUAUAAUGUCCUUCCAUCAAUAUCAGCUAUAACUGGCGUAUCUCCUCAACGAUAUUUAUGGCGUAUUAGCAUAGCAUUACAUAUUGGACCUCGUUUAGUUAUUGCCGGUGUAUAUCACUCAUAUUAUUACAAAAUACUCAAAACUUUAGAAGAUGUACCUAGCAGAAUUAUGGGAUGUAGACUAUUAAAUUUAUGCUAUUGGUUAAAUAUUGCUGAGGUAGCUGCUUUAAGUGGCGUAACAUAUAUAUCAAAUAGAGAGAAUUAUCCUGUACACGAGAAGAUUUUUAUCGUGUUCAUGUUCAGCUCUCUCUCAUAUAUGCUGACAUCAGUAAGAUUAGGCCGUCUUGUUACUCCUAAUGCACAAAGUCUUCAGUACAAACAGGCAUUGUUUGUUACAAGCGUGAUCAGUACGGUUGGACUUAUUAUCUUCUUUUUAAAACAUCGGCUGUUAUGUCACGACUUGGCAUUUAGUUGGUUCUCAUUAUGCGAAUACGUGAUAGCCUCUGCAAAUAUGGGAUUUCAUUUUACCGUGAUUUUAGACUUUCCAAAAGAACAGCUGGUUGUAGGUCAUGGAUUACCUGCCACGAAAGUGGAUUAAUUUUAUAGAAUAAUUUAUAAUUUUGAUUGUCGUCUUAAAGUACCUACUGUCACUACCUGGAAGUGCUGUUCUGUUCAUUUUAUAUUUUUAAUCUAAAAAGUAAUGAGAAUUUUAUUAUUAUGACGCAUAAAAUGAUUUUUAAAAGUUUCUUAUUUAUAUGAUCAUACUAUUCUCAAUGAUUUAAUAUCAAAUUAUUUUUAA